ACUUAUUCUAUGCUUUCAAAAUAUUUUCAGGUUAGAUUGAAUGGGAAAGGUUAAUCUUUGGCUAGAUUGUUGAUUUUUACCUUUUCAUUGUUUGUUGAACUUAAAGGACUGAUAUAUCUAAUAUAUGCCAAGGAUAACUAUAACAUGUUUGCACUAGCACCCAAAGAUAAAUACAGUCCUGUAGUAACAAAACUUAAUCUAUUCACAGUAUUCUACGUCCCAGUAUUAUCUAUUAUCAUUUCUCUAACCGACAAUCAUUUCAAACUUGGUAAAUUUGAAAACUUAUCAGUUGUAUUGGUGUUGGGAGGCUUAGAAUAUGCAAAAUAUUACUUUUUCAAGUCGACCUUAACAGAUGCCGAUACGAAGAGUAAACGAAAGAAAUCUUCGAAACUAGAAAGAACAUGGAAGGUUCUAUCAUUCAAUGUACAAAUGGUUUGCGUUAUCUAUGUAGUCGCAGUUUUGUUGGGUGCACAACUGUUGAAUAAAUUUCAAGAAACCUUAAUGCUUGCAGUUCUUAUAACAACAUUGGCUAUUUUUCCGAUUACUUUGUAUACAGAAGUAGAUGAUUUAUUUCAGUUACUAGGAAUGAUAACGAUGAUGCCUUCAAAUUCAUAUUCAAAUUUGUUUAUUAGUCAAUUGCAAACUACUUUAGUUGGAGCAUGGUUAGGUGCUACGGUCAUACCCUUAGACUGGAAUAGAGAAUGGCAAGUAUGGCCUAAUUCUUGCAUUUAUGGAGCUUUAGCAGGUUUUUAUGUAACAAAUAUUUACUUCUAUAUAAUUCAUUCUACUAAAAUUGUGUUUAGAAAUAAAAAAAACCACAAAUUUGAGAAUGUCUUGUAGAUUAUACCAAUAAAUUAACAGUCACAUUA